UCACCUGACCAUAGAGUGGGCUAGAAAUGGCGUCUUACUUGCUCGCUGGAGAGCGGCUGGUGCGUGCUGUGGCCCCUGGCGGGGAGCUGGAGCGAGAGCACUUGCCCCAGAAGCUGCGGGCGGAGCUUGAAGCCGCUUUGGAGAAGAAGCGCAAGGGCGGUGAUCGCUCCAGUGGUCCCGCACGCCUGGUUUCCUUCCGCCUGAUUCGGGAUCUGCACCAGUACCUGAGAGAAAGGGAUUCCACACUGUACCUUCAUGAGCUCCUAGAAGGCAGUGAAAUCUAUCUCCCAGAGAUGGUGAAGCCUCCUAGGAACCCAGAGUUAGUUGCCCGUCUGGAGAAAAUUAAGAUACAGUUGGCCAAUGAGGAGUAUAAGCAGAUCACCCGCAAUGUAACCUGUCAGGAUUUAAGGCAUGGUGGGAUUCUGAGUGACCUGGGCAAGGAAGUGAGGUCAGUGAAGGCUCUGGUCAUCACCAUCUUCAACUUCAUUGUCACGGUGGCAGCUGCCUUCGUCUGCACUUACCUUGGAAGCCAGUAUGUCUUCACAGAAAUGGCCUCGCGGGUACUGGCUGCAUUGAUCGUCGCCUCUGUGGUGGGUCUGGCUGAGCUGUACGUCAUGGUGCGGGUGAUGGAAGGCGAGUUGGGAGAGAUAUGACUGGUACUUCAUUAUCAAAGUCUGGAGACGGUGUGGAGGGGUUCCAAGUUCCCAGCUGGCCAUCACUGACUCUCGGUCAAUCCAUCAAGUUCUUUGUACUUGGCUCUGGUUAGUCAGGGCCAACCCCAGGAUACCUACUAUUUCUGUGGGGAGCCCCAUCAUCUGUUAAUUGCCAGGGGGGUCAGUAGAGGAGACUUGGCCAACAACUGAAAAGAACUGGUCAGUCAGUACCUCCUCCUGGUUCUUGCUGCCUCUCUGCCUUCUCCAGCCCAUUCAGGGCACUGCCGGCGCUGGGGUUUUCCAUCCAGAGUAAAUAGAACACAGGCCUUCCCAGCAGCGGAUCACACUGCCUGAACUUGCCCAAGUGCACAAAUCAGUCGUCAGCCUUGCUCCACACAUUCUUGAUGCUGACCUACAACUUAGCUUUGAAAAUUCCAAGAAAGCAAAAAGGAUUUCCUUUCUCCACGUUAUGCUGGAAGAAGUACUGAUCAUAGGACACCAAAUAAGAGAAAAAUGAGGGGUACAGGAUGGCAGGAUUGGAAGUAAGGCAGCUGCCUUUUUGUAAUCUUAGUUUCUAUCUUCAUCGUCUUCUGCUGGCCUUUUUCAGGUUUUCCAUAUGCUUCUGCCUGUCUCUACCACCCACCAGCCCUCUUUAAACUUCCCACCUUGUCUCCUUUGCUCUGCCUCCAAAAAUGAAAACAAUCUUGGCCCUAGCUGGUGUGGUUCAGUGGAUUGAGUGCCAGCCUGUAAACCAAAGGGUCACCGGUUCAAUUCCCAGUCAGGGCACAUGCCUGGGUUGCAGUCCAGGUUCCUGGUUAGGGGCGUGUGAGAGGCAACCAACCAAUUGAUAUUUCUCUCCUCCCAUCUCUCUUUUCUUUCUCCUUUCCCCUUUCUCUAAAAAUAAAUAAAAUUUCUAAGGAAAAAAAAAAAAAUUUAGAUGGCAAAACAGUGUAUCUGCUUGUAAUCACAAAAUCCCUUGUACUUGUGUUUGUAGGGAGAGUAAACCUACUGUGGAUUGUCUUAACUAGUAAAGGGAGGCAUAGGGACAAUUUUCAGAUUUAACUGUAUGUAUGAAUAUGAAUAAACAUGCAUAUGAGUAUGUAUACAUUUUUAUACAUGAACCUAACAUAGGAUGUUUAAUACAGGUUUGUAAACACAUUUGGGUGAGUGUGAAAAAGUAUUAAGCACUCACAGUUGACUCAUUGCUUUACACGGUUGCUCUUGGUCUUUCCAACAACCCUGGAAUGUGGAAAAGGAAGUGUCUUAGACCCCUUUUCCAGAAGACAGAACUGAGGCAGAGAGAGAUCGAAAUGGCCCACUGUGGUCCUCCCUCUGUUAAAUGGAACCAGAGACUCCUGGGUGGUCCUGAAGUCUCCAUGCGAUAUUAAAUUUCCAGAACUUAGAUUUGUGGUGUGAUGACAGAAUCUGUAUAAGGCACUUAGAAAACAAUAUCAGCAUCAAUUAUUUAUCCAAUAAAUAUUUAUUGUAUUGUACUUAUAUUUCAAAUCUGUGACAAUGCAAAAGCCCAAAGAUUUGUAUAACUGAGAACUGUGCAGGGUCUGUUCCUAAUGAUGGACUCCAUCCUUUUUCAUCUGUUCACUGCAUGAGCUCUGAUGGGCCCCCCUGCACCCCCACCCCAGGCGCUCUGCUGUUCUUAGAAAUUGGCUCAGUAGACAUUUCCUCAGUGGUUUUGCCAGUUUCUUCUGGAUACGGAGCAAGUCUGAGCCUCUUAGGACAGUGUUCUAUAGGACAGGGGGAGUUUUAGGCCAUCGCUUUGUUGAGAAGUCUUAGGAUUUCUAUUGUUGGUUGACAGAAAUGAAAACAGAAAAAAAAAUGCAGGUAGCAUUUUACAGUGUUUUAAAUUUAAGUUUAAAAAGCUCUGUGGAGGCCCUGGCUGGGUAGCUCAGUUGCUUAGAGUAUAAUCCCCAUAUACCUAGGUUGGGGAUUCAGUCCCAGGUCAGGGCACAUAAAUAAGCAGAAUAACAAAUUGAUGUUUCUACCUUUUACUCCCCCCCUCCACCUUAAAAUAAAUUUUAA